AUGGAUCUUUUUGCCGGUGCAGGUGCACCACUCUGUCAGGAGGCCGCACGUCGGGGUUGGGCGUGUAUUCCCAUAGAUAUUCUACAUAACAAGGCAUCAGACUUACGUGAUGAUCGCAUCUUCGAUGGCCUCUUGAAGCUUUCCCACUCAGGUGCAGUAGCGUUUGCAAACGCAUCCCCUCCUUGCUGCGAAUACAGCAUUGUGAAGCAGUUUGAUGGCGGACCGCCACCCUGCCGAUCAUGGGAAUGCUUGGCAGGCUUUCCCUCCAACAAUGACGAAGCCCAGGAGCGUGUUCGAUCCAGCCACCUUCUGUUAUCUCGGGCAGUCAUGCUCUUGCACGCUGUAUAUCAGAGUGGCAAUCACGUAAGCUUAGAACAACCCCGUAACUCUAUGGCUUGGGCUGAGCCCGUGACUCAGGCUUUCCUUCUGGAAAUUGCGGCGGAUGUGAUUCAGGUUGCAGCCUGCAGUUAUGGUUCGAGCUAUGCAAAGUACUGGGCCUUCGCCACAAGUUGGCGACCUUUACAGCAAUUGCAAAGUACUUGCCAGCACGCUGCGGGUCAUCAUGAUGCGUUUCACGGUAAACGUGACGCCGCAGGCCAGUUCGUGUCUCGGCAUACGGCGGUGUUCCCUCCCAUGCUGUGCAAUGCGUUCAUGGAGGCCAUUAGCCCGUUAUUCCCACAGAACUCACAUGCUACUGACUUCACGUCAUUGGAUCAGGCACUUUCUGCAUUGCCAAUUCGCCCCUUGAACGAUUUCCCGACUGGCCAGCAGGAUGGUGGCGGCAUUUACAGCCAGCCCGACUGGACUUCUCCUCCGGCGGGGUCGAAGGAUACUUUCCGCCAGUUGCGUCAAGAUAUGUGGGGGUUUUUCAAAGAGCAUAAACUUUUUGAUCGCCUUCGCAAACAUGUCAGCCAGUCAUCGCAAGAGCCUCUCAUUCAGCAGCAUGAGCUCCCUGCAUUGCGAUCGAUUUGGGAAGAUUGGUUUAGAGCCCAGGGCUUCACGGAUUCAGUUUCAUGGGAGGUCGCGCCCGACCAGCCUUACUGUCUUCAGGCACUUGAGCUUCUGAGCAAGGCUCUUGACGACCGUGAUGUGGAGCUUUGGAAGGACUUGCAGGCUGGGGUGCCAACGGGUGUUGAUGGUGACAUUUCUAUGAGCAACUGUUUCUUGCCUACCCCAGCGCAUUUCGAUCCAGAAGAUUUUGAUGUGGCCAAACUUUUGCAAAGCCUGAUGCAAGUGCUCCGGUCCGACCCUUGCACCAAGCGGGAUUUGCAGGCUCUCAUCGGUCUCCUUCACUGGAUAUUGCAGUUGUCGCCAGAGUUGCUACCGUGGCUGUGCUGCUUGUACCACGACAUGUCUCGUCCCUUGGGCACAAAUUUUUCUUUGCAUGCAGGCGCCUGGCAACAGCUAGCAGAUACCUUGACGGAUGACUUGCAUUUCCGCAAAUCGCCACCAGGGUCGACCAUCCCCCCGGGCAGCAAGUUGUUGAGUGCUCGACAUGUGGAAAUCAAGUGCAAAGCAGACUUGCGCUUGGUGCGGGCCACAGGCAAACGUGUCUGGAUUCGUGUGGCGGAUGCAUCAUCUAGCAAGCGUCGAAUCAGCACGGUGAGCAGACAGUUCAUCAUGUUCUGGGUGCACUUUUGCAUGCGGCCUCAGAUGCCCCGCUGCUUGUCUUUGCCGCCUUUGGACUUUCAAUAUUCUUUAGCUGCUGACGCUUGUGCUAAGGGCAACGACAUUGGGAUUGGCGGAUGGGUUGAAUUGCCGAAUCAGCCCAUUGUUUGGUUUUCCGAAUGGUUUACGGUCCAAGAUUUCCGUGCGCUGGGAUUGCCCAUGAAAGAUGAUGCUAAUUUGGACAUUACAGCGUAUGAGACGCUGGCACAACUGGCUCUCUUGAUCGCUUUCAUUUCCAUCACUCCUACUGGGCGACUUCGGGUAUGCAUCCCAUCUUGGUCGGAUAAUUCGGGGACCGAGUCCUUGACGAACAAGCUUUUCACAGUACAUACACCGCUGUGUUUCUUUGCUCAGAAACUGGCUACGCGGAGUUGGCAGUCUGGAAUCUCUCUCGAUUGUACACACAUCGCGGGAUGUCACAAUGAUAGAGCUGAUUUCUUGAGCAGGUGGAAAGGCGACUUGCAGGAACUUCCUUCUCGGUUCAUCUUGGAUCACCGGGUUCGUUGCCCACUCACAGUCUUGUGGGAGGGCGAGCGAGAUGUUCGCAUUUUCCCGCCAGAUGCUAACUUGCUUUGGCAGCCGCCUGUCUCGUCCUUCAAUGCACACAGCGUGUGA